ACCUUCUCCCAGACGCCCUGCUUUCAGAUAAAACAACAUCCGGUCACGUCACUUCCGCUAAUUCUUGUACAACAUGGCGCUGCUUCUAAGGACUUUCGCCCGUCAGGGUGUCUGUCUCUCCAGACCAUCCUACAGUGUCCUCUACAGACAUGCGGCUCCGAUGGGAACCACAGCUAAGGAGGAGAUGAACAAGUUUUGGUCUAAAAACGCCCGACUGAACAGACCCAUGUCUCCUCAUCUCACCAUUUACAAGUGGUCUGUCCCCAUGAUGAUGUCCGUCACACACAGAGGGACUGGAGUGGGGCUCAGUGGAGCCAUCUCUGCCUUCGCCGUGGCCGCCCUGGUAUUACCAGGAGGUUACCCGUACUUGGACUUGAUCCACUCCCUGUACGUCGGACCCUUCCUCAUCGGCUUGGCCAAGUUCGGCAUCGCCUUCCCGGUAUCGUACCACACCUUCAACGGCAUCCGCCACUUGUGGUGGGACAUCGGAAAAGGCUUCAAAAUCCCAGAGGUGUACCGCACCGGCUACACCGUCAUCGGUCUGUCCGUCCUCACCUCCAUAGCCAUUGCUCUCCUCUGAGGGGCACGUGGACUGGAUGCGCUGUGGGGAGCUUUGUGUAAAUGUUCUGUUGUGGCCUGCUGCAGGCUCGUUCCAUCAAAAUAUGAAAUAAAAGAUUCUAUUAUGCCGUA